AGAAGAAGAAGAAGAAGAAGAAGAAGAAGAAGAAGAAGAAGAAGAAGAGAGUCGGAGCCGUUUGAGAGCCGUUUGUCAUGGUUCAGGAGUUCCACGUCGUCAGGUGCUUCUCCUGUCAGACAUUCCAGGUUCAACAGGUAACCAAAAACCCGGAAGUAAACGCAACAACAGGCGAAAGGCAAACAGCCAGGCUAACCGCCUUGAGCUGCGGAACUCUACUGCACUUGGUAAUCGACUCACUGGGCUACCCCACAUCAAGCACACUGCUGCAGGAGAAUGGUGAAGAAGGUGAACAGGUGGAGCUGUAAAUUGUGUGGCGAGAAACAGUCAUUGCUUCAGGAGUUUGGGCGGGGCUCCGGGGCUGACUGCAGACGCCACGUACAGAAACUCAACGCCAUGAGAGGAACCAUGAUGGAGGAGCAGGAGCACCACACCUGGACACAGGUGGAGGCAGACAGUGAGGAUGAACCCAAGGAACAGGUGACACACACUGAGGUGAGCAGCUGGAGCAAAUACCUGGACACACCUGAGGGGAUGGAGCUGAAGGAGGACGAGGAGGAGAAUGUUUUGAUGGACAGACAGCAGCUCCAUGGCAACAACAUGACGGACAGGUGUGACUGUAGAAAGUGUUUAUCCACCUACCUGUCAUUCAGGAAGAGGAAGAGAAGAGACCUGUGGACAGACAUACAACAACAGGACAGACGGACACCUCAACAGUUAAACUGUUUAAGUCUGAUGAGCCCCAUAAGACCCUCGGAUACAACCAGUCCUCCCAGUCUGAACCGGACCAGUCAACCCAGUCUGAACCAGACCAGUCAUCCCAGUCUGAAACUUACCAGUCCUCCGAGUCUGAACUGGAUCAGUCCUCCGAGUCUGAACCGGAUCAGUCCUCCUAGUCUGAGACAUACAAUUCCUCCCAGUCUGAACCGGACCAGUCAUCCCAGUCUGAAACUUACCAGUCCUCCAAGUCUGAACCGGAUCAGUCCUCCUAGUCUGAGACAUACAAUUCCUCCCAGUCUGAACCGGACCAGUCAUCCCAGUCUGAAACUUACCAGUCCUCCGAGUCUGAACCGGAUCAGUCCUCCUAGUCAGAGACAUACAAUUCCUCCCAGUCUGAACCGGACCAGUCCUCCCAGUCUGAACCAGAACAGUUUCAUAAAGACAACUAAUACUCCAAGUAUGAGUACUGGUUUGGUAAGCAGAUGGGCGCCAUUCCUCAAUCAUGAUCGUCAGAUGAAUGAGGUGGGGGAGGGGCCUCCCAUAAAUGGGUGUAGUCAGUCAGUGGAUGGAGCUGCCUCUCUGUCUAGGCCCCUGCUUCAUGUUUCCUCCAUUUUUCAGAGUGGAGACGAGUUCAUCUUUGACGAUGACUUCCUGGCAGGGGAGAGGAAGUAAACUGACUAAUCAGUUAUCAGUCAGUCGAUCAAUUCAGCACAGAAUGAUCUAUAUCCAUUCACUGUGCGUGCAUCAGAGGGAAGGAAACAAAGCAACCCAACUGUAAACAUGAACAUAUUGAUGAAUGUACACAACAGUAAACAUAUAAAACCCACUGUUGUAUUAUAGUUUUAUUGUCUUCUUUGUGUAUAUUUACAUUUAAAUAAAACAAAGUUCGACAGGUUCA